AUGCAGAUCUGUAAAGUCGAUCGAACGAUUUCGUUUAAACUUCGAACCUUUCGAUUGCAGUUAGACCACGAUGACACCUGCAACUGUUGCUGCUGUUGCACUCAACGCCUGUGCUACAAAUACGUCCAGCCCGAAGUGCCCAAAUCGUUCGCGCCCAUACGCCAUUAUUGGAAAUCGAACAUACCGAUGGAGGACAACACCACGUACAAGCUCUCCUACUGGGAGAAUCCCUGCGAGAUCGUCGGGCCGAUCCUGCCGAGGGACUGGCUGGUUACUGGGGACGGUCCGCUGUCCGACGAGACGACAUACAGAAAUAGUUACUUCAAUUACUGCGGAGCGAAGCCCGAGACGGCGAUCGUGCCCUGCGACAAGCAGUGGCUGGGCAGGGGACCGAUGCAAGACGUGACCACUCAGAAGCAUGAUUUCACUUGGAAGAACAUACCGAUGAGAGACCCUAUCAUCGCGCCGAACAAUAUCUACUGUCAACCCGAGAGACUGUCCGAUGAUACAACGUACAGGCUGAGUUAUUUCCCGACGAACUGCUACAUGCCCGCGCAGUCCUAUGCUCCCCUAAGACAGUACGCGAAGCCGGACGUGCCAAUGGAAGACUACACCACGUAUAGACUCAGCUACUAUCCGAACGACGUUGUCAAGGACGAACCAGCGUGGGAUAAACAAGAGUAUAUACCUCCGACGGAGCCGAUGGACGGUUGCACGACUUACAGGCUGAGCUACUGGCCCCACUGCGAGAGGAGGCAGGCUCCGAUCAUCGUUCAACCGACGGAAAACCUGCUGAACGCCGGCUGCUGCACGGAGAACAACACGACGUACCGUUUGAGUUACUUCGGUUGCGGAGGUGACAAACCGGAUCCCAUCGUGCCCCCAGCCAACAUUCGCUUCUCCAACUGUCCUCUCUCCUAUGACACCGUCCACAGAAUGAGUUUUCUGGGUAACUGGUGCGUGAAACCAGAGACACCGAUCACUCCCUGCGACAAGCAGUGGUUGGGCAGAGGCCCGAUGCAGGACGUCACUACGCAGAAACACGAUUUCACCUGGAAGAACGUCCCUGUGUCGCCAGAUUUGCGCAGGGAGGACAGCCUUGCCACUGCCUGCGCGCCUUUCGAGAAAUGCACCACUUACAAGCUCUCCUACAUAAACAACGACAAGUGCUUGUUACCACUGCCGAGCUAUGCACCGGAUCGUACUUACCGUCCUUCGGAUGUUCCUAUGACCACGGAGACGAUCAUGCAGCUCAGUUAUCAGCCAGUGGACGGAGUAACGCCCGUGGACAAGCCCUGGGCGGAGCAGCCCCGGUACCAAGUCCCAACUACACCCAUGGACGACAAUACCACCUACAAUUGCAGCUACAUGCUACCUGGUACACUGGUUCCAAUAUGUCCGACGUCGUGCCCGCAACCGUGUCCGUGUCCGUGUCCCCAAGCCGCCUGUCAACCGUGUUAAAAAUUAAAGUGUACCGUUCAAAUAAACAUAAUUGUGCCAGUUUCA